GUUACAAGUUAGUGUUUGUGUUUUUGAUGAUAAAUUGUUUCGUUAUUGUAAAAUUAUAGCUGUAGGUAAAUAACUUACUGCCAAUGGCAGAGGAAGACAACAUUUUAAGUCCAUCGUGAAUUUCAGAAGACUAUAAAUACACAAUAAUUGAUGUGUUAGCCUAAAUACAUGUAGGAAAAGGAUAAUCAAGGUGACAGCAAAAGGAUAAUUAAAAAGAAUCAUGCCAACUACCACUGCAGGAGCAGCAAACUCAAAUCCUGCACCUGUAACUGCCCCAGAAGUUGCAUUAGCUGUGGAUAAUGCAGAUAGUCAUAGUCUGGCAGAAAGUGCAGGCAGUCAUAGUGAUGCUGCCACUAGUCAAAGACCUACGAUGGACGUAGUCUGUAUCAUCGACCUGCAGCAACCAUUGCAUCUUGCACAUCGCAAACGAGCCUUAGAAGACAUUAAACAGGCCUGCACUAUUGUCCACGCUAAUUUACAUCUUAUUCAGUUUGAAAAGUUGGAUUUUGGUGAGACUAACGUUUUGACGACAUUUUACAACGCGGACGUAGCUAUGGUAGAUCUCUCCUUGGUUGUGCAGCAGAGCUCACUGUUUUAUCAUCUGGGUGUCCGCCAGAGCUUUGGCAUGAAGGAGAACUGGCUUUUGUACAAUGACAUGGAUACCGAGACUACACUCAGGCUCAAGAUGUCAGCGUGCAACUUCCUGUUCCUCUCCUACCGGCUGGCUCAGUGUGGGACAUGCUUGCUGACCAACCCAGCAGCGGAUAGGCUGGACACAGAGGCUUUGGAUACUCAGCAACCUCUCACAAUCAAGCUGAAGAAACUGCUGCAGGAAGUCGAAAUACAAGCCAAGGUGCACAUAAAGGAGAAGUUUCUGUCUGACCUACGCAAGGCUAGAGACACUCUGACUGGUGAGGAACUCUCCAAGGCUCUACACAACAUGAGACGGAGACUGGACGACCCUCACGUACUGUGUGGGGAGGCCGUGCUCAGCAUGCUCAUCUCCUUCAGGGACAUUCAGGAUUACGAUGCAAUGGUUCAGCUGGUAGAAGAUUUGAAAACCAUCCCCAACAAGAAAAACUAUAUUCAGACACCUGUGAUUCGUUUUCUCUACCCUUUUGCAUUAAACAGACGAAACAAAGAAGGAGACAGAGAAAAAGCGUUGCAAGUAAUUGAGAAGGCGUUGGAAAAGAAAGAGAACCACAUCCCCGACAUGGUUUGUCUAUGUGGCCGCAUCUAUAAGGAUAAGUUUGUAGAGUCACAGUAUACGGACAAGACUAGUCUGGCUAGUGCAAUACACUGGUAUCGUAAAGGAUUCGAGGUCCAACCUAAUGAAUACGCUGGCAUCAAUUUGGCAACACUGCUUGUGAUAGACGGCAGUGAGUUCUCAAAGUCGGACGAGCUUCAGCACAUAGGAAUGGUGUUGAACAACCUUAUUGGCAGGAAGGGCAGCCUGUCGUCUCUACAGGACUACUGGGACGUUGCCACCUUUUUCGAGAUAAGUGUGUUGGCCGAAGACUACACCAAGGCAAUACAGGCGGCUGAGUGUAUGUUCAAACUGAAACCUCCCAAUUGGUAUCUCAAGUCCACCAUUGGCAACAUUUCACUAAUUGAUCGUUUCCGGAAGAAGAACGAGGACUCCCCUGGAACUCCGGAAGAGCAAGUCUUCUCCUUCUGGAUGGAUUACUUUGUCGAAGCAACCAAGACUGAAGUCAGCAACAGCAUCAGGUUCCCUAUUGUAGUUUUGGAGCACAGCAAAAUAUACAUGCCCAGUUACGUCAACGUGAACCUGGGAGCUGAAGAAAAAUCUCUACAGAUCUGGAACCUAUGUACAGACAGCAUGAAGGGAAGUUGUCGACAAGUCCAUGAGUGGUUGUUCACCGCCAGCAUGAUCAAGAGUGUGAGUUUGUACAAGCGAGACGAGAGGUGUUUGUUCUUGUACGUCCACCAGAACUCUGACGACUUCCAGAUGUACUUUCCCAACUCUGAGUGGAGACAGAGGUUCUAUGACCUGGUGUUGGAGAUGACGGUGGACCAGGAGGGGAUGAUCACGGGACUGGACCAGGACCUCAUGCAGGAUCAGAUCAAGUUUGAAUAUGAACUGGAUGACGCAGGCAAGAGGAUAAUUCUGGGCAAAGGAACGUACGGUGUUGUAUUCCAAGCUAGAGAUCUCAACACUCAGGUCAGGAUUGCCGUCAAGGAGAUACCAGAAAAGAACCUGGGAGAUGUACAGCCUCUCCAUGAAGAGAUCAAGCUACACUCCCAGCUAAGACAUCGUAACAUUGUACAGUACCUCGGCUCAGUCUCAGAAGACGGCUACUUCAAGAUCUUCAUGGAGCAAGUACCUGGAGGUAGUUUGUCAGCACUGUUGCGCUCUAAGUGGGGCCCUCUCAAAGAGAACGAGUCUACAAUAUCUUACUACACCAAACAGAUACUGGAGGGCCUUAAGUACUUGCACGAUCAAAAAAUCGUUCACAGAGAUAUCAAAGGUGAUAAUGUGUUGGUCAACACAUACAGCGGUGUUGUGAAGAUCUCAGACUUUGGUACCUCCAAGAGGUUGGCAGGCCUGUGUCCCAGCACAGAGACCUUCACAGGCACACUGCAGUACAUGGCGCCUGAGGUGAUAGACAAAGGACAGCGAGGAUAUGGCGCUCCGGCAGAUAUCUGGUCCCUGGGGUGUACCAUUGUAGAGAUGGCCACUGGCAAGCCUCCCUUCAUAGAGUUAGGCUCCCCCCAGGCGGCUGUGUUCAAGGUCGGCUACUACAAAAUCCACCCUGAGAUACCCUCGGAGCUCAGUGAGAAAGCCAAGAGCUUCAUCCUGCGCUGUUUUGAGCCGGACCCAGCCAACAGGGCAGGAGCUGCAGAACUGCUGGAGGACUUGUUCCUCACUGACAAGAAGAAGACGUCCCGAGCCCUGGUGGCCCCUCAGGAGUUCAGCAGGAGCAUCUCAGUUCCUGCCGACCGAGCUGUCUCCAAAACAAACGUUGUCAACCAGCCUGUAAAUACUGUGAGCUCCAAAAACUACGCACCUACAUCUCCCACCGAAGAAACUGACAGUCUACUCCUGACCCAGUCUCACCCCGUCAAGCACAAAGCAGCCGCUCUGCUCUCACCCAUCUGUAUGCCAGCUGCACUCUCGUAUGGCAGUACAGAGGAGGGUAGUUUGACAAGACGCAGUUCCAGUGGAGGUCUGUUGUCGCCGGAGGUGGUCGGGUUGCCCACGGAGCACGACGGCUUCUACAUGCUCAAGAAAGAUUCCCAGCGGAGGAUGACUCUGUCGCGGGUUCUUAGUCAGGACCAGGCCAACAUCUGCGAGGUGUGGCUGAAGGCUAUACAGUCGGACAUGGGCGACAACGCUCUCAAAAUGAACCACCUAGAGACCCUGAUGAAGGGUUUGAGAGAGUACAUUGCCAAUCAGAACAAAGAUCCACUGGAGACGGCCAUCCACACAAUCAAGGAGGACUUUGAGUUUGACUCAGUGGCCAUCAACCAACUGCACAUGGCCAUCUAUUUGUUCCAGAGUGCGGUUACGGUGGUUCUCAGAUCUCACAGCAUCAAGCCUCAUUGGAUGUUUGCUUUAGACAAUCUCGUCAGGAACUCUGUCCAGGCGGCAAUUACCAUCUUGUCUCCAGAGCUGGGAGCGAACCUGCUUGGUCAAGAUGUGAAGGAUGGUGGGAGAGGAGGUGGAGGAGAUGGACCCCCCUCUGUCCCCUCUACAGUCAACUCCGUCAAGUCCAAGAACACAAGUAUAGACAGCUUCCCCAGCAGCAUCAAGAUGAGGACUGAGUGGAGAGAACAGAUCAACGGACUCAGAUCUGAGAACCACAGACUGAUGCAGGAGUUGUUGGAAGGACAGAGAGUGUACCAGAGCCUGCUGAGACAAGCCCUGGAGGACCACAGACUACAGUUGGCAGCACUGAGACAGUUGGUAGACCAGAUGGGCCUUGUGUCAUCUGUAGUCAAUCAUCUCAGUCAGAGUAAUGGCAGGGAUUUCAGUGAGAGUGAUGUGACCACGUCACCGGAGAGUGAGACGAGCAACCACAACCCCAUGACUCCUAGGAUCAGCAUCACGGAUAGCUCUGUGGACCAGCGGCUGGUAGACUGGCUGCUGGCCUUGCGAUUGGACAACACGUCUAUCAGCAAAUUUUUAACGGAAGAGUAUUGUUUGGAUGAUGUUCUUCAUUACGUCAAUAGAGAAGACAUCCGAAAGUUGGGGCUUAGGGGUGGUGUGGAGCUGAGGGUGUGGAAGGCCAUUGUCAAGUGGAGGAAGGACCAUCGUCCCGGAGUCACUCAACAUCCGCCCCCGACAGUAGACUCCAACCAUAACAGGCUCUGAGCCUUGUAUACGUUGAUAAGUAGAUAUUAUUGUAAUUUCUAUGAAAGUCAAAACCAGUUUCUGUAUAAUCCUUUGUAGGAUUGAUCUUGUGUUUUUGUUAUUUUAUGUUUUGUUUUAACUCUUUUUUGAGUUUAGUAACCGUAAUUGUAUUUGUAUCUUUUAGAAGAUAGUUCAGACAAAUUUUAUCAUUGAAAUGAAUCGAUUGAUCUGUCACAGAGUGAAAUUUCAAGUAAGGCUUUACAUUUAUGUAAAACCAGGUAGAUAUUAUAAUUAUACAGUUGAUUAUUGAUAAUCCAACACUUACAGGACCAAAAGGGUGUCUGAUAUUAAA